CCGGCUUUACUGACGAAAUGCGCGUGAGAAUCGCAUGCGAUAUAUCGCCCAGCCCUACGCUCAGGUGGAGAACAGUGACUGGAUCUAACACCUUAAGAUGACGCACAGCUCAUAUCUCUGUCGCUGUACACAAAACACCGGCUCUCUUGCUUUGUAUGACGUGACAGACAACUAGUUGUCCAGUACGGUUCCGUUCCCACAGUGCGAAUAGUCCUGAAAAUUUACAGGUGUGAGUUCGGUUAUAGAAUGCGAUUGUCACUCCCGUAAUAUCAGCCUUCAUUGCUGUCAGUAUAUCAUUUGUACUAUUUCAAAUGUUAUAUGUAAGUAGGUCCAUUUCAUCUCUCAUAUCACAGAGAGAAAUACAACAUACGUCAGUAGUAGAUAAACAACUGGAAUUACUUCUUUUUUUUUCUUGCUCAUGUUUUGAUUGGUUAAACUGCCUGUGUGACGUGCACUUGUGCCAUAUAAAGUUUUCACUUCAGUUUGAGUGACACUUUGUUUUACAGUUUAACAAACCCUGCAUGCUUAAAAAUAAUAGAAACAAGUGAUUUAUUCACAGCUUUCUGUUAAGAAUUCAGAACCAAACAGAAACAAAAUGAGCGAAAGAGUACCUCUAAUUUCAAAAGAAGAUGGCAUUAAUUUGGCAGAAAUAAAACCAUCUGCUGCAGCGAGACAAAUUAAAAAGACGUCACUGAAACUAUCUCGCCUACACAAAUCAGAGGCUCAUGGGAGGACACAGAAAAGGACAGAACACAACACAAUAGCAAUUCCAGCUGAACUCAGGAUUGUUCUGGUGGGUAAAACUGGAUCAGGAAAGAGUUCAACGGGAAACACCAUCCUGGGUCAAAAGUAUUUUAAGGAGGAUGUUUCACCAGUGUCAGUUACUAGAACCUGUGAGAGAGCAGAUGUAAAGUUGGGUGACCGGAUCAUCUCAGUCAUCGACACUCCAGGCCUGUUUGAUACGACAAUGUCAAAACAGAAAAUAAAGGAUGAAAUAGUAAAGUGUGUCUACAUGACUGUUCCUGGUCCUCAUGCAUUUCUGCUGGUCAUCAGAUUGGGUGUGAGGUUCACAGAGGAGGAGAAAAACACAAUUAAAUGGAUUCAGGAGAACUUUGGAGAAGAAGCUACUUGUUACACCAUCAUUCUGUUCACUCAUGCUGAUCAUCUCAGGGGGAAACCAUUAGAUGUGUAUGUCAGUGAAAGUAAAGAUCUCCAGGCUCUUGUUAAUGACGUUGGUGACAGAUUUAUCUCAUUCAAUAAUGAGGACAUGGAGAACCGCAAUCAGGUCACUGAACUGCUGGAGAAGAUUGAGAAGUUGAUGCUGGUGAAUGGAGGAAAGCACUACACUGAUGAGAUGUACCAGGAUGCUCAGAGCAGGAUAGUAGAUAGAUCACAGUUCUGGUCUGGGAAACCGAGAAUUGUGCUGCUGGGUAAAACUGGAUCAGGAAAGACCAGUGCAGUAGAAACCAUUGUAGGCCAAAGUUUUGAAAGGAGAAAUGCUGCUACUGAAACCUGUGAGCUAAAAGAAGCACAUGUGAAUGGAAAGAGCAUCACAAUAAUCGACACUCCAGGACUGAUUGAUGCAGCAGAGAAGAAGAUUAAGAAUGAAAUAGAGAAGUUUGUCAUCAAGUCUGCUCCUGGUCCUCAUGUGUUUCUGCUGGUGAUCAGACUGGAUUCGAGAUUCGAAGAGGAAGAGACAAACAUAAUGACAUGGAUUCAUGAGAACAUUGGAGAAGAUGCUGCAUGUUACACCAUUGUUCUGUUCACUCACGCCGAUCAGCUGAGGGGGAAAUCGUUAGAUGAGCAAAACAAAGACAGUGCAGAUCUUCAGGUGAUUACUGACAGUUUUGGUAGCAGAUAUCACUCAUUUACCAGUGAAGACAAGGAGAACCAGGUCACGGAACUGAUGGAGAAGAUUGAGAAGAUAGCAGAGGGAAAUGGAUGGAAGUACUACACAAAUGAGAGGUUUAAAAAAAUUAUAGAAAGAGAUGUAUAUUUAGAGAAAGUUAAGGAAACCCUACAUAAGGUCGCAUUAGGAGUUGGACCAGUCGGAGCAGCAGCCAUGGUGACAGGAGGCGUCGUCCUGGGCGUAACGGAGCUGGUUUUGGCACCAGCGGUGUUACUCGCUGGAGGCAGUCUGUUUUUAGUUGGAGCAGCUGGAUUGUAUAUUGGAAAAAAAUUGAUUAAAAAAACUAAAUGAU